AUGACGGGGCCGCGGAACGAGAGCGUGGAGGUCGGUGGGCUCCGGGAGCAGCACCGCGCGGUGCGCUCAGCCCACGGCCCACCGCCGGUCAUGUCCUGCGCCAGCCUGGGCGUGCUGACGUGCUGCCGCGGCCCACAGGGCGCGGCGGACGGCCUGGUUGUCGAAGUCCCGGCCGACCUUGCAGAUGGACGACGAUGGCCCCCGGGCGUCGGACCUGGAGCUGCCCGCGGCGCUCCCGUGCCUCCUGCUGUCCCGGCCCGGCGCCCCUCAGCCUUCUCCGCGCGGGUGCUCCCCGGGUGCCGCGGCCAGCCCCGCGGGCACGAAGAAGGUGAUGCUGACGAAGUCCAGGCAGCAGUCGGAGGCGGGGUCCACCACGACGGUGGACGCAGCCCAGCACCCACCAUGGCCAAGUCCGCCACGUUCGAGAGCCGCCUCAGCGCCAGCAGCUCCGCCACGCCGCCGGGGGAGGCGUCGCGCGACCGCCUGCGGGAUCGCACGCGGCGCCUCCGCAGGAGCGUGUCGCGCCCGUUCGCCCAGACGCUGCGGCGCCACCUGAGCUGGCGUGUGGCCAUCAAGAAGGUGCCCGUUCUGAAGGCUGUCCCGAACUGCCCGCCGCUCAUCUCGGACACCUUCCCCGGCGUGGGGCUGGAAGACGUCCGAGACGCCUUCGUGGCCGCGCACGGCUGCGUCACCUCCAGGCACCUGGCGGCGCACGGGUGCCACGACGUCAGGGACACAGGGUGGAGGCCGUGCCCAGACAAUGAGGGGCACCUGGUGCGGAAGAUCGUGUGCAUGGUCCCCGUGCCGCCCGAUGCCGCGCCCCCGGCGGUUGCCCGGCUCCUCGGAGUCCCCAAGGCCUUGCAGGCGACCAUGGUUCAACGACUCUGCACCGACGCGGACAUGGUGACGCUUGUGGAGCAGUCUUACACCAAGGACGUGGUGUAUCUGGACCGAUUCAUGACUCAAUACGUCCGGCGUUUCAGUCCCAACUCAGAUGGCGGCGUCGACAUGCGCUUGUGGGUCGAGACGGUCUGGACGCGCGAUCUGCCGUUCACCCACUUCGCGGUGAAGAGCUUCGUGGAGAAGAAGACCAGAAGCGAGGCGACAACCCUCCGCGAAGAGUACAAGCACAUAGUUCAGUCCUCUGCGAUGGAGUGCCGGAACUCUCGCCCGCUGCGGCCGCGGGGCGCCUUCCCCGAGGCGCUCCCGCAGGAGCGAGACAGUUGCGCGACCCGCAGUUGCGGGCCCCGCGUGCCGCAGCGGGCGCGACGCGCAUCAGAGGAGGGCGAGUUGAGACAAUCUGGCCUUUUGGACAACGGUAGUUGGCCUGUCCGGGGGCCCGCGGCGCCGGAAGCCGCCCGAAGGCAGGGUGCGCUUCGAGGCCUGGGCAGCCCGGGGGCCGAGUGUGUUAGCUGCCGUUGUCUCGGCGCCCUGCUCCGAUUCUUGCCAGCACAGGAGAUGGCCACCCUCUGCACGUGGCACGGUUCCUUAGUGUUGCGAGUGCGACCCCGAAGAGUCCUCACGAGGAGAGGCACUUACAGGCCUCGCCGAGCUUUCACGGCCUCGCUUGGGUUCGUCAAAGCCCAGGAUCCAUCGGAGCCUAUGUGCUUUGAUAGGCACGUCGCCGAAUUUUAUGUCUUCGAGAUAGAGGAACUGGACCUCACUCCCUCAAUUGCUUGCCACUUGUCUGAAUUUGAAUAUCCUCCGAGAUAA